UUCCUCUCUGUCCUGCUUUCAUUGUGGUCUUGGGGAUGAUGAAGAUAUGUGGAGAUAAGCUUCCUCUUUUAGGGCUAACAUAUUUAUGUCAUAUUUCUGCCUCUUGUUUUUAACUUUAAGGGUCAACUUCAGGAUGAUAGGCCAGGUUCAGAUCAAGGUUUUACUAGUUUUAAGCUACGUUUAUGGUCCCAGGUGAAAGAAAAUUGAGAAAGUGGUAAACAUCUGGCCCUGUUUAUGUCCGUUUCUAUAUUUUUAGGUCAUUGGCCGAACCACAGCCUUUAAAAUUAUUAUUCAGUAUUUUGAUUUUCCAUGUAUUUACCAAGCUGCACUUAUCCUUCAAAGUCGGACUUUGGCUCCAUAUCGUCACCAUUUUCAACGGAGAGCGGCAAGGAUUACUCGGGCUACUGCUACCACGAGCCCCGGCAGCGCUACCCUCCUCCUUCUCCGUGGAAAUGGACCCUCUACCAGGCGAACAGUCCCCUCACCUCCCCGCAGACAUCCUGCUUUACUUUGCCGGGGGAUGCUACUUUUCACGACGGUUUACCGUCCCCGCCGGAGUCGAUAUUCAACCCCGGUAAGGACUGCUUUCUGUACGGCGCCUCUACUCCCCGUUUCCCUGCACAGACUUUUCCAGGGGACCCGCUGACUCUCCCCGGGAGAUACACCACUUUCAACCCGGAUUCACAGCUCCUCUUCCGUGCAGCACGGAGCAGCAUCCUACCCCCUGUUUUCGACCAGUUUUUUGAGUGUGCAGAAGAGGGAGUGGAUCCGAACGUAGAGACUGUUCGACGGGAGGAUGGGACGAGCAGAGCCGGAUGGGCGAGCUGUGACAGCGGGGCGAGCAGCGAGGUGAAGGCGGGGUCAGAGUCACAGGAGCCGGGGACGGAGGAGAGGGAGGAAGCGCCGUUAUCCAGCGGGAGUGCUGGAGGUAACUGUCAUGUACCGACAGAGCCCCGUGUGAAGAGGAAGAAGCGGUGUCCUUACUCCAAGCAGCAAAUCAGAGAGCUGGAGAGGGCCUUUCUGUUCAGCAUCUACAUCAACAAGGACAGGCGCGUGCAUCUGGCCCGGUUUCUGCGCCUCUCAGAAAGACAGGUGAAAAUCUGGUUCCAGAACAGAAGAAUGAAAGAGAAGAAGCUGAAAACAGAGCGGAUGCAGUACUACACAGGAUACAGUCUGUUCUAAUGGGCAGAUUAAAGCGAGGGAAGUAGAGGAAAGUCUUUCUCUUAGUGUUUUGCACUAAUUGUCUGUGAGACCUCUGCAAAUGUAAAGCAGACAUGUAGCCCAGCCAUCAAAUGGUGAACCCCAAGGCUCAGGUCUAUGUACCCUGUUUUUCUUAUGUACAUACUUGCAUCAAAAACAACUACUUUCUAGUUAAUUUUUUUUCUCUUUCUGGAUUUUUCAUCGUUAAUUAAGAACAGUCCUCUGGCAUCAUCUGAACCCAGCUUCCCUCAGACUGAGUCAUAUGGAAACUGAAAAAUCAACCCUCUAGCUGCCUCAGGUCUUUUUCUGCAUCCAUUUCUUUACAAUAAACUUAAUGUAAAGAAACAUCAAAGACAGAUGAUGUUGACAUGCACUGCUGCCAAUCAGUGCUGUGUAAAUAAGUGUGUACUCCAGACCUUGCUCAAUCAAAUGUAACCAUCUCAUUAGCAUCAACACGUAAUGUUUCUAAAUGAGCAAAGACAAUCUGCAAUAAUUAUUCUAAUAUGUGUGCCAUUUUUCUGGAUGUUCGUAAUUUUGCUCUUUGUACCUGGAUGUAAAUGAACUGUAUGUGAUUUAUUAAAGGAUAUUUUAAUAUCCUUUAAGUUAAUAAUAGUUAAGAAUGAUUUCCCUGUCAUCGACUUUUGCAACUAG